CACCCUCAGCUGGAGGGAAGGGAACCAGGUGAAAGGCUCUGGUGUGAUUGUACAACAGCUGCUUUGUGUCUGUGAGGAGCUACAGUUUCAGAGGGAAGCCAUGGCUGUUAGUAGGUGCAUCAAGUAUCUGUUGUUCUUAUUCAACCUUCUGUUCUGGAUCUGUGGUUGCGUCAUCCUUGGAGUUGGGAUCUACCUGAAGGUCACCAAAGAUGGAAAUGCGAUUACAGAGAAAUAUCUUCCUAGUUUUGAGCUGAUGAUCUCCAUUGGGGUGAUCAUCAUGGUGCUGGGCUUCCUGGGCUGCUGUGGAGCCUACAGAGAGAACCGUUGCCUGCUGCUGCUGUUCUUCAUCCUCCUCUUCCUCAUCUUCGCCUUGCUAUUGGCAGCAGGCAUCCUGGCAGCUGUUGAGGGAGACAAGGUCAAGGGUUUUGUGGAGGAGAAGCUGAAGGAUCUAACACCAAUUUCAAAUCAGCCACAAAAUGUCAUUGACGACAUGGAGAAACUGCAGCGUGAGUUAAAGUGUUGUGGACUCAUGAAUGGGCCGUCAGACUGGACUAAAACCCCAGAUUCCUGCCGCUGCAACAGCACUGCCACUGAGAACAAAUGCACCAGUGCCAUCUAUCAGGAGCCCUGCUACGACAAAAUCAUCACCUACAUGAAGAGCAACAUGAACUUGUCGCUGGGAAUAGCCUUCGCUGUCGCAGUCAUUCUGAUCUUCGGCAUGAUCUUCUCCAUGGUUCUCAUCUGUCAGCUCAGGAAGAUUGGUGCCACCACCUCCUGAGUCGCCUCUGAUCAGCUUGUUCCUUCCAAAGACCUCAUAACUUAUACCCAACAUCAGAGCCAGUGGAGCUUAUUCUGAGCUUUUAUUGUGAAGGAGCAUGCUAAUGUAUCAGCCAGUAAAUAUUUAGGUAAGACGUUUCGGGAGCAGAAUAAAAGUAGUUCCGUUUCAUGUAAUCAAUAUUCUUUUUUUUUUUUUUUGGUGAAACUAAGCUUUUAUUUGAAAUGAUCUUAAUCAUAACCUGUAAAGAACUUGUGGGAGUUUAAUUUUAUUUAAAUGGCUGCCUCCGAAGCUUUUAUUGCAGCGAUACUGCCUUUAACACACAGAACUGAAAGAGACCUGGAGGUUAAGUAUAAACUUGUGUGAUUUACUUAUUAAUGGGCAUCUAUAAUUUACUCAAAUGUACUUAAAUCAGUAUUUGGAUUUAUAAAAAUGACAUGCAUGUAAAUUUGCUUUAAAUCUCAAACUUCAGAUAAAUAAAACAUUGCAACAGUACAGCAAGGCCAGGAAAUUGAUUGGAUUUAAAAAUUUCCCAGUUUGUGAUUUUUUUUUUCUCUGAAAUUUCUCAUUUAAUCUUCAAUGUGUAUUUUUUUAUUUAUUUAUUUUUUAACAGUUUGGAUUUUAAAGGUACUUUUUUUUUUUUUUUUUUUGAUGGGCUGCACCAGGUUUCCAUAUUUUAUUAUUGUGGUGAAAUGUAAACGUCAUUUCUCAGGAAGUUGUACAGUUGAUUUAUUUUACUUUUAGACCUGCUUAGUCAUUACAGAAUGUACCGCCUUAACUUUUGCUCUGCAUUAUUUGUAAUGGUUGUAACUCAACAAAACAGAUUUAAAUUUUACCGGUUGAGUUUAUUAAGCUAAACCCAACGUAUGAUGCAGUACUUGAAAUGUCUGUUUUCCAUUCAAAAAAAUAUGUACAAAUAAAUCCAGACUGGAUACAUUUAUUUAGUCCCACUGUAAGGCAUACUUUAACAUUUUUAAAUAAAGAGCAAAUAUUUCUGGGA